UUGUAUGUAGUGGCUGAAGGAGCCAAGGUUACUUUCACAAACAAAUACAUAUACAUGUUAUGGCCAGUAACCCAAACCGGUGAUCAAAAGCCGCAAUUAUCAACAACAGGUUUCGAGCUGAGUUGGCUCCAGGAGCAUCAAACUCUGUACGUGGACCUUCCAUCACCAUGGUCGAGUGCGUUCCGUGCUCGAACUGAAUGCUCCAACAACAACGGAAGGUUCAACUGCGCCACUGUCGACUGCACCUCCAAUCAAGUCGCAUGCAAUGGUGCUGGUUCAAUCCUGCCGGCAACCAAGGCAGAAAUUACCGUUGCAGAAAACAGAGGACAAGAUUUCUACGACAUGAGCAACGUGGACGACUUCAACAUACCCAUGUCCUUAACCGCACAAGGUGGAAGUGGCGAUUACAAAACCUUAGGUUGUCUUAGGAACAUCAACCAUGUGUGUCCUUCGCAGCUACAACAACCAGGGCCUAGUGGCAAUGUCAUCGCUUGCAAGAGUGCUUGUGUGGCUUUCAAUGCAGAUCGAUAUUGUUACUUAGGAGAUUACUUAGGAGAUCGAUAUUGUUUUGGGGUUUUGUUUAUGCCAGCCCCUUUUCGGCUAGUCUUCAAUAUUAAACCUUUCAAAGAGUAA